CUUGCAAACCACCCGAAUUCUCUUCUCCUGACAACAUGUGUUGCAACUACGGGACCUCCUAUGGCUAUGGCUGCGGAUGCGGCUAUGGCUAUGGAUGUGGCCCCUAUUCUGGCUGUGGUUAUAGAACUGGUUAUGGCUGUGGCUAUGGCUCAGGCUAUGGCUGUGGCUGUGGCUAUGGCUCAGGCUAUGGCUGUGGCUGUGGCUAUGGCUCAGGUUAUGGUUGUGGCUGUGGCUAUGGCUCAGGUUAUGGCUGUGGCUGUGGCUAUGGCUCAGGAUGGGGCUGUGGAAGAGGCUCCAGCUAUGGAUGUGGAUAUGGCUCUGGAUGCUGGGGCUACCAGCCCCUUUGCUACAGAAGAUGUUAUUCUUCUUGCUGCUAGACCACCACUCUCCAAGCACCACUAGCUUCUGAAAUGACACAUCUAAAGAGACAAUUGAUUCAAGGAUCCAUACUCCAGGAUUUCUAUGUCCAGGAAACUGCAUGCUUGACAGAGUCUUUGAGCCCCAGUGAACAUUUGUUAGGAUGGCUUCUUGUGCCUAGAGGCUGUGUGGCAUCAUCUGACUAUUUCCCAAAAGUUGGUUUUUACUCCCUUAAUCUGGAUUCCGUGUUGUGACUGUGCCAGCAAUCUUAACAUCCUACAGUUGGGCAAAAAACUUAUUCUCAAUAAA